AUGUCGGUCCAACCUUCCUUAAAGCAAACUUCCUCCGGAUUCGUUGAAAACGAAGGGGUGGAAACACACUUCUACGUCACAGGCGAGGGUCCUUUGAUGGUCUUUCAGCAUGGCUUCCCCGACAACGCGUCCACCUGGUACCAUCAGGUGGCCGAGUUUUCGAAAACACACACCGUGGUGUGCCCUACUCUACUCGCCGGCGAUAUCCUGGCUAUCCUCGACCAUUUCAACGCGCCGAAGGCCAUUAUUGCAGGCCAUGACUUUGGAGGUGCAGCGAUCCAGUUGCUAGCACUCCUUCACCCGGAACGCGUCUCGGAGCUCAUCACAAUCAACUCUCCCAUCGUCCCUCGCAUUUACGAACUAGUCAACUUUGACAAGGAUCAGCAACGCCAAUCGGAGUACACAAUUUCGUACAUGAAGUAUCAACCAGGAGACGACAAGAAUCUGGACGUGGUGGUUGCACCUAUCAGCGAUGAAGAAUAUCGUCGCAACAUCCGCAACUAUCUCUCAGAGUCACCGAUGGAGGGUAUGUUGGCUUACUACAAAUACAACUACCCGGCCCCUCCUUACGGUGUGAAGGUUGAUACCUCCGUCAUGUUGUAUCAAGUUCCUACCCUUAUCAUCUGGGGAGUGGAUGACCCUUAUUUCUCACUGAAGAUGUUGGAUCAAAUCCCAAAGAAUUUCAAGAAUACUACCCGCCUGGUCACACUCCCUGGUGCUGGUCAUUGGUCAUUCCGGGAACAGCCAGAUCGAAUCAACCAGGAGAUCCGGUCCUGGUUGGAGCUUCAUGCCAUGGGCUCCAUUUAA